CUGAGCUGAUCGGAAUACAUUUAACCAGUCGUUAGCUUUAAGCUACAUUAGCUUUAUCAAGCUAUUCGCGACAGUAUAUUUUGUUUACAAAAAUAAUUAGCGAUUGUAGUGAGGUGCCAAAACCCAAAAGGACGUUUUUAUGUUUGACUGUGUACUAAAGAUUCUUCAUAGUUUGGACGCAGGCUAACUGGCUAAGUGAGCCGUCGAAAAGACCCCACCACCCGAAGAUUGAAACGGAGAUUAAAGACAUCAUCUAAUCUAUUCAAGAGGAUAACAAGUGACACACACACACCAAUCCUCUAAACCAGCAAAGUCAAUGAACUGACAGGUGGAGUUCAUUUCCAUUCAUAAAUACUCUCUCCAGCACACCCACUAGAAGCGCUCCUCAUUAUAUCAAAGCACCAACCUUCGCUUACCCUGGGGUGAAUUUGAUCCAUUGGAAGAUGAGAUAACUCCUCAGUCAAAGGAGGAAAAGUAGGCAUGGCUCGGGACACUCCUUUGAGACCUCGUCCUCCUGAGACCCUUAUGUAACCCGCCACAUCUGCUAAUAGACGUCAGUUGUGCCUGAUGCACUCGCACGUAAACACAUAAGAAGGUCCAUAAUGUUCUAUUGACUUUUUGUUUUUCCAUUGUUUCCUAUUUGCUUCCCCCAAGCAUUGUGUGGCAUUUCUAGUUUUCAUUCCGAAUCACUCCAGUCACCUGAUUCAAUUCCUAGGACCUUUGUUGGGAUUUCUUUUUUCUGUUUGUGAAAGUCUCCUCAAGAUCGAAUGCCAAAACAUUUGUCUUUUUUGUUAGAAGAUUUGAUCUAAUCAGCGAUGCAGAUGUAGUCUUGACAUUGAAGGCCUACUAAUAUUUUGUGAAGAUCAUCUGGCCUGUAGUCCAUCGCUCAACAGUGCAUCGGCAAUGCUUCGACUGAAGAGAGAAAUACUUCAAAGGGUGCGAUGUAGCACAUUCUGGUUAAAAUGAAGGAGAGACAUUUUUACAUUUUCUGAUAGCGUGGACAGUGGGGGAAAGACAUCUUCAUCUGCUCACAGCUUUGACCGCCACCUCCUUCCCUCAAACCUUUGAAACCUUCUAAACUGAACUUGCCAACUUAGGCUUUGUAAACCGAGUAGAAGAGAUGUUCAUCACAAGCAGUUUGCUCAAAUGAUAUAAAAGUUUAAUGAACGUUCAUCAGCAGUUGCAAAAAAAAACUUUUAUAUGUAUGUCCUGGAUGCUGUCCUCUACCUCUCAUUUCAUACUGUAUCACCAAAUCUUUAUAUUUAGUGCAUCACUAUAGAUCAGUUUGCUUGUUCAGUUGGUUUUAGUUGCCGCUGUGAAACUGGCUGGACUUUUUUUAUUUGUCAUUUUUAUGAAACAUUUUUAGUCGAUUAGUUUGUGUGUUUUUUCUAAACAGUGGUCGAAAUUGAGAGAGCCUUUUUGCAUUUACAUUCAUGCUUUAAGCAAAUGACCAAAACAGUGGUGCCAUGCUUUAUCAUGUUUAACUUUUAAAAUCCUUGUGAAUCAUAGUGACCGAAUUCCAUCUGCAGAAACUGAAUCAAACUUUUUAUUUUCGGGAGGGUAUUGUAGCUGUUGAAACUAUACUCAUGUUGUGGCCUUUUCAUACAACGCUGAAAGGGUGACAGCUUCUCUCUCAAUAUACACGUUUGUGCUGACUCAACACAAACACUUGCAAACGGAUCAUUUAUCGGGGUGUGCUGCGAUUUUGCCCCCUGGUGAUGCCGAGCGGCAGCAUGAGUGGGGGCGUGUCCGGACCCACCUCCCCGCCCCACCCUGUUGUUCCAUCUCGACCUCUCCGGCCAAGUCGCUACGUGCCUGUCUCUGCAGCAACGGCCUUCCUGGUUGGAUCAACAACGCUGUUCUUUUGCUUUACGUGUCCUUGGCUUUCGGAGCAGUUUUCUGUCGCUGUGCCAAUAUACAAUGGCAUUACGUUUCUGUUUGUUUUGGCCAACUUCUGUAUGGCCACGUUUAUGGAUCCUGGCAUCUUCCCCAGAGCUGAGGAGGAUGAAGAUAAAGAGGAUGAUUUCCGGGCUCCUCUAUACAAGACGGUGGAGAUCAGAGGCAUUCAGGUGCGAAUGAAGUGGUGCUCCACCUGUCGUUUCUACAGACCGCCUCGCUGCUCGCACUGCUCUGUGUGCGACAACUGUGUAGAGGAUUUUGAUCAUCACUGCCCGUGGGUUAAUAACUGUAUCGGCCGGAGAAACUACCGUUACUUCUUCAUGUUCCUGUUGUCUUUGACAGUUCACAUCAUGAGCGUGUUCGGCUUUGGUCUGCUCUUCAUUCUCUACCACACUCAGCAGCUGGACAGAAUACAUUCAGCUGUCACCAUGGCCGUCAUGUGUGUCGCUGGGCUAUUCUUCAUCCCAGUGGCAGGCCUCACUGGUUUCCAUGUUGUUCUGGUGGCAAGAGGCAGGACCACCAAUGAACAGGUGACGGGGAAGUUUAGAGGCGGCGUGAACCCCUUUACAAACGGCUGCCUGAGAAACAUAUCGCACGUUCUGUGCAGCUCACAGGCACCCAGGUAUUUGGGUAGGAGGAGAAAGACUCCGACAGUAUCCGUUCAACCUCCUUUCCUCCGGCCGCAGCUCACUGAAGCACAGCUGGCCGCCAAAGUGCUUGAUAAUGGAAUCCAUGGAGAUCUACACCGGUCCAAGAGCAGUUUGGAGAUGAUGGAGAGUCAGUCUGCUGAUGCCGAGCCUCCACCUCCCCCUAAACCAGAGCUCCGAUAUCCCGGGCUGUCACGUGGACCUCCCGGACACUCUGAGGAGAGCGGUCUGUUAAAUAAAGCUCCACCCACCCCCACUAUGUUCAAGUACAGGCCCGCCUACAGCAGCCCGAGCAAGAACCACACUGCCCUCACACAUGCCUAUGCCAACCAGAUGAGUCGUGGGGAGAGUCUUAAAGAGUCCCCUUCCUCUCUCUUCCAGUCCAGUCAGCAGUCAGGUUAUCGCUCUGAGCCCAGUCUGGAUGGACGAGAGGGGGCAACAGUGGAGCGAGGCGGCACGGAGCGAACGGGAGGGCCCCCCGGAGGACCAUCAGGCUCAGGAGUGCCGGGCUACUCCCUCAGUGGGCGCUCGUAUCCCUCCUUUUCGGAUCCUACGGUUCUCGCCAGCGGGGCCUCACGCUCCUCAAGCGUCCGCUCUUCCCACAAUGCCCCACCAUCUGAGGCCACAACCUCCACCAGCUACAAGAGCUUAGCAAAUCAGACACCACCGCUGGUUCCUCGCAAUGGCAGUCUGUCGUACGACAGUCUUCUUACUCCCUCGGAAAGCCCCGUUUUCGAAUCCGCAGCACCAGAGAUUUCACCAGGGCGACCGCGCACGCCUGUCGGAUACAGUUCACCCUUCCUGUCGGCACAGAUCGCCCAUCAACGGGAAGUGGAGCUGCAUCAGCCAUCCAGUGCCUCCCUUCUAGCAUCCCCACAGCACGCAGCAUACAUUCGGGGCUCCACAUCCUCAUCUCCUCCACCGCCACCCGAACGGGAACGGCUGCUGCACGAGUCACAACCCCACCACCAUCGUCAUCACCAUCAUCAUCACCAUCACCAUCGGCCGCCCCGCUUCUCUCGUCCUCCUUUGCUUUCCGACUCAGGCCACUCCCAGUCCUCCUAUGGGUACCGCACCCGCUCUACUGACACGCCCCUGCAGACCGCCGCCCACCCCCCACGCUCGCCACAUGCCCCACCACUGGGGAAGUCUCUGUCUUACUCGAGUGCUGCAGCUGCUGAGAUGCAGUACCGCCUGGUCCGCAAAGCCUCGGCCUCGAUCGGGGGAGGGGGCAUACAGGCGCCAAAGGACGAGAUUCAGAUGAAGUCAUAUAGUAGGACAAACGGGCAGUCAAGAUCAUCUCUUCCUCAGUCUCCCUCCACUCUCUCAUGCCCCUCUCAUCCUGCCAGCGUGUCCACUCGCCCGGGUCAGGCCUAUUCCAGCGCUGGCUCUUCUCAGAGCCCCGCCCACAAGCCUGGAGGUGGGGUAAAGAAGGUGACAGGUGUCGGAGGGACCACUUACGAGAUAUCGGUGUGAGACAUGAGCAGCUACUUUUACCAAUGGUCUGUCGAGAAUGGAGCCACAGACUCUCAAUUCUCAGCCCACAUUGCAGAUGCAUGCUGUAAGAAGAGGAAAAAAUGUGUUUUGGACAUUUAUUGCUGCCCACAAAAACAAAUCUUUUGGGAUUUUAGACUUGAAAAAGAAAACCAAGCAAGUUUUGGAUAGACGUGGAGGAGGGGGGGUUGUUUUUCAGCUGUGAGACCUAUAUAAGACUCCUAACCAGAAAAAGAGGCGUAACACGUAUGCUACUGGAAGGACUGGAUGGCAUUCAUACAUCGUAAUGACUUGAGUACAUCACAAAAAAAGAUUUCUAUCCAAGGUAAAUGUGUAAAUUGUUCUGUAUAGAGAGAAAAGGUUGUCAUUUUUUUCACAGCGUGGAAUUCGUUUCUUUUUUUCCGAAGGGGACCUGUGACAUGCAGUAGCCAUGUCAGACCACUGUGAUUGGCAUGCAACAAUUUUGCGUCUGUAUCCAAUCAUUACCAGGGGAUCAAAAGAAUAAAGAGAAGAUAAGGAUAUGGAUUGCAUUAUUGAAAUGACAAAGGCCUUUUCAACGUGGUGUUUUCAGCGCAGUGGCCUUGGUAACCAAGGAUAUUUUUAUUUAAUUUUUAAGAUGUUUUAUAUAACUUUAUAAAUGUAAUUGACAAGAUCAAAAUGUUGUUUUUAUACAAUGGCUCACGAGAUUCUCAAUGGACAUUUAUCCAGCCAUGUGGUGGAAUAAAGACAUGCUCCAGCCAGAGAGGAGUCUGAAACGGAUAAGGUCAGCCAGUGAUAACAGUCAUGCACAGAGGGUUACUUGUAGCAUAAAAAUGAAUUUCACACAAUGGGACUCAAUCUGUGGCACAGAGGUUAUCACGUAAACAUAGAUUCUCUGCCUCUAAGGUUUAUUUUUUCUUUAACUACUACGUGAGGCAGGUCUGCCCGGUGGCCUUGACUAGCCAUCCAGGUAGGAUUCAAAGCUUGCUGCUCAGUGUCACAGAAUUGUGGGUUAUCAUAUCAUUGCUCUCUGGUCGGAUGGCAGUCAAGCGUUCAUUAUGAAUCAGCGGAACGCUUUUAACUAUUUAAUUUGUACGCGUUACAUUCAAGAAAAGCAUUAUGACAUAUUGCAAGACUUAUUUCAAUCAUUGUCUUGUCAGGGGUAUUGAUCAACAUUUAGAUCAGGGCUGGCCAGUCACGUGCUGGGAGGUGUUUAAUGGCACAAGUCAUCCUCAGAAUAAUUAUUACAAAUAUUUAGACUCAAAAGAUGGAUGGGGAAGAAAAGAACGUGUACUGUAUAGUUCAGUGUGAGUGAACAUGGUCGUGGACAACAUGUAUGCGUGAAUGUGUGUGGUUGAGCAUUGGUAAUAAACUAUGAAUCAUUUGUA